AUGAUCUUCUUCUUCUUUUUCUUCUUCUUCUUUUUCUUCUUCUCUUUCUUCUUCUUUUUCUUCUUCUUCUUCUUCUCCUUCUUCUUCUUCUUCUUCUUCUUCUUCUUCUUCUAUGUGCAAGAUGUUUCUAUCUAUCUAUCUAUCUAUCUAGUCAUUCUGUCUGUGAUACUGUACAGUUUUUUACCUUCAUUCUUUUUGGCUUUUAUUUUCUCCUUUCUUUUUCACAACAUUUAUUUUCUCUUGUUUUCUUUUCUUCUUUUUCCUUCUCUUUCAAUUUCAUUUAUUUUUAUUCCUUUUCUUAAUCUUUUUUUUAAUUCUAUUCUUCUUUUCCCUUUUCUUUUUCCUCUGUAUUUGUCUCUUGCUUUUCUUAUUCCUUUUUCUUUUCUCUUUCACUUUUAUUCUUUUGUUCUCUUUCAUUUCCUUUAUAUUUAUUCUUUUUCAUUUCCCGCUCUCUUUCUCAAGAUUUCUUUCCACUUCCUCUCUCUCUAUUUUCUUCUCUUUAAAUUUCCUUUGUAUUUAUUCCUUUAUCUUUUCCUUUCUCUUAUUUUUCUUCUUGCUUCAUUUGUCCUCUUUCACUUUCAUUUCACUUUUCACUAUAUCCCUUUUCUUUUUCCUUCAUUUUUUUCUACUAUUUCAUUUUUCUUGUUUUUCUUCUCUUUCACUUUCAUUUAUCUUCAUUCUUUCUUUUUCCCUUCUUUUUUUCCCCUAUUUCUCUUCUCUUACUCUUUUCCUUUUUUUCUUUGCUUUUAUUUCAUAAUCAAUAUUCCUCAUACUCUCUUUUUUUCUCCCUCCCACCAUUUCUUUUCUAUUGCUUAUCUUUUUUCUUUUAUUCUUUUCUUUCCAAUACACUUCCAAUAUUCUUAA